AUGUUUUCAUUGGAAGUCCUGCUUCCAAUUCAAGAAAAGCCUCAGCAAAUGAAAAGACGCUUGAAUCUUUUAUUGACGUUACGCUUGGAGACUGUCCGCAAAUUUGAAACCCUUUCAGUUGCUGUGGCAGACACAUUUGGAAGUGUUCCGGAAAGACAGCAGGAAAUUGCCGAUAGGAGAUCCGGAUAUCGACUGGGAAGAAACAGUUUACCUCAAUUUGAUCAUCCACCAAUUCGAAUACACACUGACUCUGGCCACUUGCACUCGUACGAGUCCGAAGCACUUACAAAUACUCAAGCGUUAUUCACAGAGUACAUGUUUUCCAACUGCGAACUUUUUUUCGCGUCGUUCCCGCACUUCGACUCCCGUCCGUUCGGAUGCCUGUUGUGGAUUCGCGUCGUCCUUUUUCCCUGGCCGGACUCGCACUGUUUGCCGGAGCGCAGCGGCGGGAAAGAGAACCUGGCUCUGGAUUCUUCGGGGCAUUUUGAUGGGGAUGAAAAACUGCGCAAGUUUCGUAUUUAUUUUUAA